AUGGCCCACUUCAUGAACGUGCCUUGGCUGUGGAAGGACAACAUGGAGGUGGUUCGCCACUGGGAUGGGCGAAGCGCAUCGCGCAGCUUUUCACUCAGUGUUGUCGGUGUGGGCAUGCUUCGCGUCUCGGUGGAGGCAGCGCCGCCUCUGAUGCGUCUGCGUGCGGAAUGUCAAAGCACAGGAGCAUGCCCCGCGCCACUCCGAGUUUGGGAUGCGGAGGCCAGCCUUGCUCGGCGCGCCGCCAGCUUGCAGGUCGAGGCCUUGAAAGGCCCGCGAGCACUGCUCACGGAGUGUGGCCGGAGUCGGAGUGACGGCGUGACGGCCCCCGAGCGCGCGGAGCCUGAUCCCAAAAGGACGAGGAUCUUUCGGCUUCUUGAUGCCCGCACGUGUGAGGUGCAGCGCGGUGCAGCCAGGGAGAUUUCAUCGCCGCCGGCGAAGCGCCGGAAGGGCGAUGAAAGGCUUCCGGCUUCCAGAAAGCGCCGGGCAUGUGGAGCUUCCACGCCACCGCAGAGCUCAAGCAAAAGGGUGCGAACUGCUUCGAGGCUCCGAGGAGUUCUGGAAGGUCUCGGCACAGAGCAUCCUGCCAAGCGCCGUUUCAACGCUCGCGUCGGCGAAGACGAUCAAGGUCGCUACCACUAUGAUGUGUGUGAGCUCAAAUUCGAUGCAAGAAAGCGUCUAAGAUUGCCAGCUGAGAGAGCCACAUAG